AUGUGUUCCCCCGGCUCUAGAAAAAUCGACUGGUACCAUAUGGAGAACAAAGAUGCUCAUCGUCAGGCGAAUCGUCUUAUGAUUGAAAAGUUCAAGCGGGAAUCUCCAGUUAAUGAUACUCCUGAGCAGAAGCUAAUUCGACUGACCGUUGAGCAUCCGCAAUACCGACAAGGCUAUUCAUUUUCUUCAUACUCCCAGGGCUGGUUUGUAUCCGAUGUGGGAAUGAAAAUGUCGAAUGCGAUGAUUUCAAAUCAAAUGGUAGCUGUUGAUUGUGAGAUGGUUCUUUGUGAAGAUGGGAGGGAGGGUGUGGUUAGAGUUGGUGCUGUUGACCGCAAUUUAAAGGUGAUUCUCAACGAAUUUGUGAAACCGGAUAAGGCUAUUGUUGACUAUAGGACAACUAUUACUGGAGUUACUGCUGAAGAUGUCAAAAAUGCUACUCUCUCUCUGGUUGAUAUACUGCUGAAGAUGUCUUUCUAUUUAUUUAUUUUUCUUAGAGACCACAUAUUUACCUGCAUGUUUGUGCAGGCAAAAUUGAGGCCGUAUCUUUCUAUGGGUACAAUUUUGGUAGGUCACAGUUUGAACCAUGACUUGGAAGUGAUGAAGAUAGACCAUCCCAUAGUAAUUGAUACUUCACUUGUAUUCAAGUUUCCCAAUGCUGGAAAGUUCAGAAGACCUUCACUUAAUACCCUUUGCAUGGCUAUGUUGGGGUAUGAAGUCCAAAAGACUGGUGUUUCUCAUCAUUGCGUACAUGAUGCAGCAGCUGCAAUGAAACUUGUACUUGCUCUUAUCGAGAAUAGAGUUGACACAACAAUCAGACUAACUAAAGAGAUGCUGGAGGAUGAGAAAUCAAGAUUCUUUCUACAUAGAAUCCCUCACUAUUUGCCAAGUAAAGAGCUGGAACAAGUUCUUGCUCGAGAGUUUCAUUCCAGAGAGUUUCAGAUUGAUGUUAAGCCAGCAAAAACACAAGGAGGUUACUACUGUGCAAUUGUUAUUUUCCGUAGCUCAAAAGAAGCAAUUCGAGCAUUUGAAAACAUUAGUGGAAGCCAAGAGAGGGAUUCGUUGGGGUUGCCACAGAAGCUCAUUUCUGGUCCAGCAGCUAGCUUUUAUGUCCGUAAAAUGACUCGAGAUUAA